GAAGCAGAAGAAGCAGAAGAAGAAGAAGAGGAAGCAGAAGAAAAGCAAAAGAAGAAGAAGGAUGGCAACAUGCUAAAAUCAUGGCUAACACUUGUGUAUCUCUAUAAACAUGUACAAGUUUUAAAGCUUUCCGCGCCAUGUUGCUACGCUUAAUAUGGAUGAAGUGAACUUGGUCUCUCUUGCUGUCGGGAGAUGUGUGGACGCCUGCGGUCUGCUGCUGGACCUGUUUGUCAGGACGUUCAGCUGGCUGCUUCGCUUCCUGUCCAGCGUGGGCGGUUCCCUCCACAGCACACUGGUCGCCCUGAGCGGCUCCACUCUGGUUGAAUACUGUAACUUUGCUCUUUUCCCCUUCCUCACCGCCACGGAGGCCGUCUCCAGCGCCACCCACGGAGCCCUGCACACCCUGGAGGGCUGGCUGCAGACGCUGGGAGGAGUGUUUGAGAGUUUCAAGAUGGUGGGACACCUCUCCUGCCACGUGGCGUGGCGCACCAAAGAUUUGCUGCACCGUGGGCUGAUUUCAGCGAGCUGCAUCCUGCGACAGACGUGCGAAGGCGUCUGCAUCGCACUCAGCCUCGUCCUCUAUCUCGUCAACACUGUGGUCAACAUCGUCCUCAUCGGCACACAGAACUGUCUGUCUGUGCUGGCGGGCGCCUGGGACGCCGUGGCGGGCCCUGUGCAUAGAGUUGUGGAGCUGGCUCUGACUCUGCUGACCUUCCUGUACAGCUGUCUGGUUGGUUUCUCCGUGCUGCUGUGGACACCCUGCCAGCUGCUGCUGGACUUCCUGGGAGCACUGUGCCGCGUCUUCAUCACCGUCUUCAUGGUUGACACACACGGCCUGCUCAUCACAGCGGCCAUCGUCUCACUGGCUCUGCUGUUACUGAACCCCAGGCUUCCUGUCCUUGCUGGACGGCUGAGCCGCCACUUGGUCAACGCUCUGCCGGGAACACGUGGCGUACAGAUGACCAUUCGUAGGAUGUACGCAGUGGUAGUAGAACCGGCUCUGGCCUAUCAGGCAGUCCACACCCGGGCUGCACAGGAAGUGAGUCGGAUGAGGUUCCCAAACACAGACACAGGUGCUUUUAUCAUCCCCACUGCGGCCGACCUGCCGCCAGCGAAUGAGCUGAGCCAGCCGGACUCUCUGCAGCGCCACGCUCUGCAGGAUGGCGAGUCAGUGAGCGGCGAGGCCAGGGACAGCAGCAGGACAAUUGCGUCCCCGCCGAGCUCGGCUCCAGAGAAUAGAGGCGGCCCUCCGACUGACGGCGAGCUGCUCAGCCUGCUGAAGGAGCAGGAGGAGAGGAAGAAGUGUGUCAUCUGUCAGGACUUGAGUAAGACGGUGCUGCUGCUGCCCUGCCGUCACCUCUGUCUCUGCCGGCACUGCGCCGACAUCCUGACUCAACGCCGACCCGUCACGCAGCGCUGCUGUCCGCUCUGCCGGCAGCCAAUCACACAGACCAUGGACGUCUUCCUCUGACAGUUGUAGGCCCUGAAUGACUCCAAACUGCAAGAUUCAAGAGAAAAUGCCUUCUGGCACUAUUGUUGCUUUUUCUGUACUCUAAGAAUUUACUUAAAAAUUGAGCUGGAUGUCGAACUUCAUACUUUGAGCACCAAUAACAUGAGUGUUAACUAUUGAGAGCUGCUUGGUCAGAUGAUGAUGUGCAUCAGGAAGCUUUUCUACUGUAACUUCAGACUUUAUUUUAUUUGGGGAAAGUUCUGUGUUGAACUCUUGUGCAGUGAGAAAGAAGAAGGUCAAAACAUGUUUAUAUACCCCAAAAGAAUUGAAAAGUAUGGUUUUAGUAUCAGAACCGGAACUUGUAUCAGUAUUGGCACUGAUAUUGAAAACUACAAAUUUUCACACGAUACUCAGCUGUAAGUAGACGUCAUAUACACGACGUGUAUGACGUGAAGACUUCCAACAACUGCAUGAUCAUUAAAAUGAACAGAAAAUGCAAACAAAAGUUUAUUUAAAAUGUUGAGUAGAUAUGAAUAAGUAGAGCAAUUAAAUUGUUAAAAUGAAUAUAUUUUGAUAACAAAUUAAUCAGAGUAAUAAAAAAAAACAUACUCAGUAUACUCAAUACUCAAUAUUUCCAGCUUCUGUGAGGAUUUUCAGCUUUUUGUCUGUUUUCUAUAUUAUAAAUGAAAUCCAUAGGAGUGUUUAACCUGUUAUCUCACAGUGUGGACGGUCAGUUUGGGUUCUGCUAACUUAGAUAUUUUUCAGUAUCUUUGGAAAUGUAUGAACUAAAUGAUCCAUCAGUUGAUCAAAAACUGAAUACCUUAAAGUCGGAUGCAACCCUAAUUUUAAGGGAGAAGUUUUUCAACUGUUGUGGAAAAUAUUCAUGUCAAAUAGCGAUAAAGUUAAAUUAUCAGAGGACAGAAAAAGUAAUGAUAGAAAAUGUCAGUUGUGUGUUUUUAAACAGGCUUUUCACACCUGUCGGCCCAAACUAACACACUGGAAACGUUAAAUACUGGAAACACAUUCGGAUAUAAUGAGUGAGUUUGUUUCCACUUUUAUCUGUGUAACUCUUCAUACCAGUCAGUAUUAAAGUACAGCUCAUUGUUUUUUUUUCCUUUUCAGUUAUAACGUGUUGAUGAAUGAAUUCCUGAUUUCCAGGAGUUUGUUGUUUUCUCCCACUUUUAAGUUUCUGUUGAUGGGAGCACAGUUCGCGCCGUCGACACAACCAUCAACUGAAAACUGAAAAUCAUUUUUCAACCAAUCUGCUUCUACAGGAAAACGAGUGAAUCAGUGAAAAUGAACAAAAGCAACAAGCUUGAGAUGUCAAACCAACAGCUGUGAGACACAAGCUGAAACAACUGGUUGAUCAAUAGAUGAGUCACUUCGGAGAAAAUCAGUUUGAAACAAUUUUGAUAAUUGAUUAAUCAACCCUUUUUUUAAGCAAAAAUUUGCAGGUUCCAGCCUC